UACACUAUGGUCAAUAAGAUACUGAAACCUAUUUUACUCGAUUAUUUAAGUGUUUGGACUUUGAAGGUCAAUAAUCCCUCCCAUGUGAUUUUUGCUCUUUCACCAACGGUUCUCUUCUUUCCCCAUCUUCUUCUACACGCCACCCCGCCCCCACCAAUUGAUCUGGACUCUUUUUCAAUGGACCCGAAGUUCGCCGGAAAGCCCAUACCCGCUCCAUUUCUAGCGGGUCGAACUGACCUUGACCAGAUGCCCGAUACUCCUACCCGUAUUGCCCGUCACCGUCGAGCUCAAUCGGAGACUUUCUUCCGGUUCCCGGACUUUGACGAUGAUAUUCUACUGGACGACGUCGUUGCUGACUUCAACAUCGACAUUUCUGCGCCGUCGGCUGAUACACAUAUGCAGCAGCCGGCUAAUUCGGCUGACUCGUCAUCAACCGGACCCCUUUUUGCUGGACCGUCUGGUGGUGAUCAAAACCCUAGACCGUUGAAUCAUUUCCGGAGUCUGUCAGUUGACGCUGACUUUUUUGAUGGGUUGGAGUUUGGUGAUGUUGGAGCAGCGACAACACCGGCGGCGGCGAAGGAAGAAGAGAAGUGGGUGAUGGGUUCGGGUUCGGGUUCGGGUUCGCGGCAUAGGCAUAGUAAUUCGAUGGAUGGUUCUUUUAGUACGGCGUCGUUUGAAGCUGAGAGUUCUGUUAAGAAAGCUAUGGCGCCUGAUCGCCUUGCUGAAUUGGCUUUAAUUGAUCCCAAGAGAGCUAAAAGGAUUCUUGCAAACAGACAAUCUGCUGCACGUUCUAAGGAGCGGAAAAUCCGUUAUACUAAUGAACUGGAGAGGAAGGUGCAGACUCUGCAGACUGAAGCUACUAAUCUAUCUGCACAAAUCACGGUUCUGCAGAGAGACAAUAGUGGAUUGACUACUGAGAACAAAGAACUCAAGCUACGGUUGCAAGCUUUGGAACAACAAGCCCAUCUUAGAGAUGCCCUGAAUGAAGCUUUGAGGGAAGAAUUGCAGCGGCUAAAGAUAGCAGCUGGUCAAAUGACAGCUGCAAAUGGAACCAGGGGGCCGCGUCCACAUUUCCCUCCCCAGCCGCAGUCAUUUGUCCAAUGUGGUAAUCUCCAUUCACAACAGCAGCAGCAGCCUCAAUCUAACACAAGUUCCCAAAAUAUUGGUGGUCAGACCCAACCUAGCUUGAUGAACUUCAGUAACAGGGGUUGAAAAUGUCAAAAGGCUAGUAACUAGCAUAGAGGCUUGUAUAUAUUUAUAUGUAAUGGGUAGUGUUGCAGGCUGUGAGUGAUUCUGAUCAGUUCACUUUGUACCAUUAUCAAUACUAGUUACAUGAAAUGCUAUGCCAUAUACUUGUUUUAUAAACUGCAGUUAGAUAUUGUUCAA